CCUGCGAGGGGAGGAGAGAGAACGCAGGCCCUUCCAGCGAGCGGCGGGAGCGUCCGGGCUAGGAUGCUCUUGGUAUCGCCCUGCGGGGGCAGCAGCUGCAGCAGUAGCAGAAGCCGUGCCAGGGACUAACCCGCCGCUUCGCUCCUGCCGCAGCCGCGCUAGCGCCCGACGUGCUGCCCGAGAACCAGCCAUCCAGCAGGGCUGCCUGGUUUUACUGGCCCCUCCUUUCCCGCCGUCUCUUCCUUUCCCUCCCCUGCCCGUUGGCGGCUCCGGGGCACUGACCCUCGCCGUCCUCUUUCUCCUCUUCCUCCUGGGUUGCUCCUCGGCGGCUCCCAUGGCGGCCCCGGGUAAUAUCGUGUCCGUUAUGGCGAGUAAGACCAAGACCAAGAAGAAGCACUUCGUGGCCCAGAAAGUCAAGCUCUUCCGGGCCAGCGAUCCGCUGCUCAGCGUCCUCAUGUGGGGAGUGAACCAUUCGAUCAAUGAACUGAGCCAUGUUCAAAUCCCUAUUAUGCUGAUGCCAGAUGACUUCAAAGCAUAUUCAAAGAUAAAAGUGGACAACCACCUUUUCAAUAAAGAAAACAUGCCAAGCCAUUUCAAAUUCAAAGAAUAUUGUCCAAUGGUUUUUCGUAAUUUGCGAGAGAGGUUUGGAAUUGAUGAUCAGGACUUUCAGAAUUCUCUGACAAGAAGUUGUCCACUUGCUAAUGAUUCUUCAGCUCGGAGUGGUGCCCGAUUCCACAGCUCUUAUGACAAAAGAUAUGUCAUCAAAACUAUAACAAGUGAAGAUGUAGCAGAAAUGCACAAUAUACUGAAGAAAUACCACCAGUUUAUAGUGGAAUGUCAUGGGAACACACUACUUCCACAAUUUUUGGGCAUGUACCGGCUUACUGUUGAUGGAAUUGAAGUGUACAUGAUUGUUACAAGAAAUGUAUUCAGCCAUCGUUUAUCUGUUUAUAGAAAAUAUGAUUUAAAGGGCUCAACAGUAGCAAGAGAAGCUAGUGACAAAGAAAAGGCCAAAGAACUGCCAACAUUUAAAGACAAUGACUUCAUUAAUGAUGGUCAAAAAAUUUACAUUAAUGAAGCCAACAAAAAGAUGUUCCUUGAAAAGCUUAAAAAGGAUGUUGAGUUCCUUGCUCAAUUAAAACUCAUGGAUUACAGCUUGCUAGUUGGAAUUCAUGAUGUUGAACGAGCCGAGCAAGAGGAAGUAGAAUGUGAAGAGAAUGAGGAAGAGGAAGGAGAAAGUGAUGGGACUCACCCAGUUGGAACACCUCCAGAUAGCCCAGGAAAUACACUGAACAGUUUGCAGCCUUUAGCCCCAGGAGAAUUUGAUCCAACCAUUGAUGUUUAUGGUAUAAAAUGCCAUGAAAAUGCAGCUAGAAAAGAGGUAUACUUCAUGGCUAUUAUUGACAUUCUUACUCAUUACGACGCCAAAAAGAAAGCUGCCCAUGCUGCAAAAACUGUGAAACAUGGGGCUGGUGCAGAGAUUUCAACAGUUAAUCCUGAACAGUAUUCAAAACGGUUCUUGGACUUUAUUGCCAACAUCUUAACGUAACCUAAUGCUCUUUUGGACAGUAUGAGGUCUGGAAGAAGCAGCAAAUUGUUACAAGUGUGUAAGGGGUCUUUAUGAAAGCUUCUUUUAAAAAGAACUCAUUCUAUCUUGCAGAAGGCAGCCCCCACCCCACCCCACCCAUUUACAUCUGCUGGCAAAGAUGACUUACUGGGGUGAAAUAUUUGCUUUUACAGCUGCCUGAUUAUGCCCAGCAUAGUUUUAGCUAUUUCUGACAUGUAUGUGUGUGUGAGAUUGUAUGUGUGUAUGAGUGUGCAAAAAUGGAUAUAAAUUAACUAAUAAUAACUAAAAUAGAUCAGCUCCUAUUCAAUGUGCAUUGCAACAACACCUCUCUGUGGAUAUUAGCUGAAAUAGAUGAAUGGAAAAAAGAUAUUGUGGAAAGGGAAGAAAAAUCUAUGUGCAUGUUGGGACCUACAAUAUUGGAAUCAAAGCUGUAAACUGUGGAUCAGUUUAAAAUUUGAACUGAAAGAUGCAAGAUAAUAUUGGUGGUAAUUAUGACUCUGAUCUUAUUGUGAAUGUUACACUUAACAACCCUGCAUGUUUGCACUCCUUAAGAAUAAUCCCCAUUUGCUGGAAGCUUUUCCUCUUGGCAGUUUUUUAAAACCUAUAUUACUAAGUAAGCCCAUUGCAACAGGAAAGAGUCUUCCAGCAACGCAGAAGUUUGGCUCUUGUUUUAUUAAAUUCUGAUGCCAUAAUCAUUCUGUGUAUUUGCCAAGGGCAAAACUCAUUUUGAGGAUCAGGGUGGGAAAAAUAUAGACUGUUUAAUUGUCUUGUAAUAUGGAGAUUUUGCAUUGUAUGUUUAUCAUAUAGAAACUGAGUAUAGUAUAAAGAAAAUCAAAUACGCUUUUUAGAAAAAUCAAUUGUUAGGGGCAAAAAUGGCAUUUUUCCCACAUGAACAAAAAUGUAGAAAGGUUUGCUCAUCUGUGAGAGAUCAAAGGAAGACAUUAAAUGCUUACAUGUGCUGUUUUUAAAAUAUUUUAUUAAAAUAUUCUUUUCUAAGCCCUAUAUUUUAUUGUUUACAUUGAAAGGAAAACAGGGAUGCUCUUGAGUUUGUUAGAGAAUCUGAAGUUUACAUGUAAAGUUACUUUGCAGUACAGAUAAAGUAAUUUCUUCGAUUGUAACAUGCAGUAAUGUAUCAGAGCAUAUAUUUUAUUCACCCUUGUGAUAGAAUCUUUUUUUACAACAGUGACAGACUGUUUUGAAGUAUUUUAAAUGCUAUUUUAAUUAUAUUAAUUUAGCUUUGUGUCUUUCUAAAUUAUAUUGUUUAAAUGAUUGCCUAAAAUUCUGCUGUUCCCUACAAUCUGCUGGUUUUUAUUUUUGGAGGUUUUGAAAAGGACAGAAUUAGAGAUGCUUAAUUAUAUUCUGUAUGUAUGACCUGUGCAAAAACAAUGUGCCUUUUAAAAUUCUUUGUUUAAAUAGACAUUCAUAGGCAAUUUUUAAGAAGAAAUAACACCCUGCAAUUUAUAAUUUUAUUCCUGGAGUGCCAGAUUGCCUUCUCUAUUAAUAUAAUGACAGUACAGCUACAAUUUCAGUACAUGUAAUGUUAACUAGAAAAUUCUAGUAAAAUAACAACUGGUCUUGCAAUCCUUUGUGGUCAGGAGCAAUAUCAUCUCUGUUAAUAACUGGGUUAUUUUUUUAAAAGGUCUUAUUACCUUUUUAAAAUAUUUCUCAGUAGGUUUUCUUUCCCCCCCAUAAUAACGCUUCAAAAAUUGAUAGGUUUUUUUAAAAAUAACUAAUCCUAUUCUUCCUCCUGACGCCUCGUAUUUGGUCUAGAAAAGAGUUGAGGACAUUUUAAAGCUAGAUGUGUGUUUGUGUGUCGAUGCAAAAGCAAAUUACACAGGCCUUCCAAACCAUCCAAUGGAAAUUUAUUAAAUAAGGAGCUAAUUAGAAUUGGGGGGAACCUAGUAUUAAUGUACAUAAUAUAUAUGCUAAAAGUGUUGGAUUAUCUUGCUAGAAUCUGUAAAGAUACCUGGAAGAGAUUCUUGGCUGAUCCUCUGGAGAUCACUGGGAUCUGCCAGUGUAGAUAACAUUCAACUGCUCCAGGAUUCAUGGUAUAUUUGGGCAUAAAGCUUUUUUUUUUUUUCUUCUUUAAAAUACCAACGAAAAUCCUGCUGUCUCAUCUCACUGCUCGGGUUACUUCCCAAAAAGCCAUAUAAACUAUCAGUAACUGCAUUUGCUUCACACCAGCUAUGUUGUUCUUUUCCUUUGAUAUAAAUGUCUACAAUUGAUUGAUUUUUGUGCAUAAUGCUGCUGCUUUCAAUAUUUUAAUAUAUGUCAGCUGUGGCACAUCUGAAUAAUAUAUGCAUUUCCUUAACAAUUCUAGUUUUAUUUGGUGUUUCAAAAUAUAAAGUGCUGUUUUAGGUUUCAAUAAUCCAUUCAUGCACAUGAUACUCAAAAUCGCAUCCUUCAGUUUUAGAUAACAUGGCAAAAAUUUUGAGUUAGGGUAAAAUGAACAGUGGUUAAUAAUUGAUUUGAAGGGAUAGAGUGUACACAUGUAUUAUUCCUAAAUAUCACAUCUAUUUUAGAAACUCCUUUGAACAUAUUGCUUGGGCUCCAAUUUGUUUUUAUAACAUUCAUGCCUUUAAAGGUUUUAUUCUUUAUAAAUGAACUCCAAAUUUCCACAGGGAAGAUAUUGUUGCUGUUUUAUAGACCAGCUAUGUCCCAAUUGAUACAUGGCCACUAAAUGAAGCGGUAUCUCUCUUAUUAGCUGAAUUUCUACUGGUUCAAUUGGAUAUGUAAUGUAAUUGGGUGAACAGUCACCAUAAAUGCUACUACCAUGAGUGACUUUUCAGGAUUAUUAAUAAAUUUAACUAAUUUUUAUUGCAUUACAGAUUGUAUUUUCUCAUUUAUAUUAUUCUAUAUUAUCCUAGGCUUUUCAAAUAAGGCUCCCUGACAUUAUGAGCUUUAUGCUGCUUUGUGCUUCAGUGUAGACUUAAAUGAUAGAUGUAGUUCUCUAGAAUGACAAAUGUUCCUACUACUAGUUCCUUUUCAUAUUCCCUCUUAAAUUAAUAUACAAAAAUAAGAUCUGCACAUUUUCUUAAGGUCAAUGUGCAAAAAAUGGAGCCAAAAAUAUUGGAUCCUUUUAUUUAAUUGCAUUUUUUUAUCCAAUUUUGCAGUUUCAAGGGCAGUCUGCAAGGUUUAAGGUAUCCAUUUCAUCCUUUAAAAAUUCUGAAUGCCCAACUGGAUCUCAAUUCACAGUCUAGCUCCUAAUAUGCCGCAUAAAGUGUGAUGCAGCUCUUGGAGAAUAUGGUUCUCCAAGAACCAUAGUUCAUAUUUCCAAAUAUUACCUUCAUUUUGUUUCUUAUCUCUCUCCAUGACAAACACGGCAUGUCUUUCAGUUUUCCCUCUUUGAUUAUUUUUCUCCUAUAUUUUUAAAAAGGCAGGAUAGGUUUUGUGAAAGCAUCAUUCCCCUAAAAAAAGAAUGUUCGUUCUGUUUCAUUUGUUAUACAGUCAGCGCUUCUCCAGGCCAAUUUGUACCUGACUGUUUAAUUAUUAUACUUAUCCCCAGUUCUGUAGUCGAGUGUCUCCUUUUAUCAAUAAGAUAAAACAAUGUCCUCCAUAACUAGCAAAACUAUAUUAAAGGUUUAAAUAUGUAUAUAACCUAUAAAUAUGGUUAUUGUUCUUUUUUAAAUGCAUGGCAUUCUUAAUAGUUCCUAUAUGCUGAUAGCCACAGGUCAUAUUGUUUCUUGGGAGCUUAUAUUUUAGCUUUUGCCACAAUCUCUCUUUUUUAAACAUUUGGGUAUAUUUAUCUAUUAUAUUGCUUUGUCAUUAUAUAACCAGGGCACUUAACCCUUCUUGUUCUAAUUUCUUCCACGUUUCAGUGUGUUUUUCACUCAGAAUACCAUCUAUAAUGGAAUUCUUAUCUUCUGCCCUAUUGUUGUUACAAAUAACAGCCUUUUUUCCUUUUGCGCUGCUCAGUUUGGUUAACCUAUUCCAGGAAUCCUAUUGUUCUUGAUUGAGCUCUAUUUUCCUAAUGAUUUCUUGCAGAUGUUCAGAUAUGAUUGAACCAAUUAAUGGUUUAACACAAUGGGUCGUCCGUCAGGUGAAUUCCACAAUGGUUAAUCCUUUGUUUUUCUAAUUGAAUACUGUUUCAUUUAAUUUUCCAGCCAGUUUUUGUUUAAUGAAGUCUCCAUCCUCAAAACAUCAUAUGGAAUGUCAGAGGACCUAGUUUGAAAAAGUUUCAGAUUAGAUCCUCUUGAAUACCUCGUGGCUGCAAAUUGCAAUAGCACUGCUUUGGAGAUACUAUUAACUAGACACUUCCAAAAUAACUCAAUGUGUUAGUGCCUAUUACUAUUGAUAGUUUUUCUAUUCUUACCUGUAUUCUUCUGUCCCAGUUUCUUUGUUUUAAAUUUCAUCAGUCAUAAUUGCAGGUCAUCAUUUAAUACUUCAAUUAUUUUUGCUAAAAUUCCCAGUGUUUAUUUCUUUUUGAAUAAGUCUUGAUGUUCUUUAAACAAAAUUAUUCUGUAGAUAGAAUGGACAAUAUGUCCUAUGUAAUUUGGAAAUCCUGAGCAAAAGUACUUUGGAGAAUGAAAAUAGCAUCAUUCCGUAUCUGCCAUUUGAUCCCAGGAAAAUGCAUGGCUGUUUUAAAGAGCUGCACACAGAGAGUAUGUUUGUGCUACAGCAUGGUUACAAUAAUUUCUUUGGAUCUAAGCAGACUCCUGGUAGAUAGCUUUAAUAUUCCCUUUGUCUGAUUGCAAAAAAAACAUGGUUUAUGCGUUAUGCUAAGACAAAAUGUAAUUGUUUGACUUUAUGGACCCACUUUAAUGUUUGUAAAGCAUAUUUUAUGGCUUAAUAUUUGGGUGGAUUCAACCACUAAAUUACCCCAUCCCAUACUGGCCACUGUAGUUUAAGCACUAAUCUUGGAACUGACACUGGCAAUAUCCAUCCAAAUUUAAAUGCAACCUUCAAUUAUGUUAGAGAUGUCUAAUGAGUCAAUAAAUUGCAGUCUACUUUACUAUUCUGAAUACAAUAUGGAAAAAUAUGUGUGUGUUUAAAUUCAAGCUUCUGCAUUCUGAUUUACUGAGAACCAUGUCUAUCCGUGAUAGAGCAACCAGUUCCAUUUUUAGUGUUGUCUGCUAUUUAUUUCCCUUUCUCUUAUGGGCUGAUUUAUUGUGAAUUAGGUUGGUUUCUUUCAUAUGUUACUAUUUACAAAUUGUCACAUGGUGACUUUUUACAAAGAUGAGCUUUUGGUCAUAGUUUGUUCAAUUAAAGAGAAUAAUUUUCGCUGUAGUAACAUACCUUAUAUAGAAAUCUAAGCUAGCAGAUGUUAAUGUACUAUUACUAUCAAACAGCUCAUUGCAAAUCUCACCACUCUUUAAAAUUUAGAUUCAAGUUACAAAGGUUACUGGAUUUGAAGUUCAUAAUUUCUUGGGACUCUUAAGACAGUUCUUUUAAAACAUUUUGUUAAUUAAUAUUCAACCAUGGCGGGAAUCCAUAUAUUGAUAUGUGUAUUAUUAAUUACAUAAUUGACAACAUUUUUAGUUCAUUAGAUGGGUCAUUUACAGGAGGAGAUAUCAUUCUGACUUGAUUCCAUGUAUUUUUAAGUUUAACAAACAAUUCUGAAAAGAAAUCUGAAAUUUAAAACUUGAGUGAUAGGUUCUACAGUAGAUCUAAUUGAAUGGUAGACCCUAGGAUACCUUCUUUUAGCAACCGUGAAAAUAUGUGAGCCAGGUUUAUUAUUACUUUUAACAUUUAUUCAAUGUAGCACAAUUAUUAGAAGACAGGAAUGAGAUAUAUUUGGAUAAUAGAAUAUGCUAGGAAUACCACUGUACAGGCAUACCUAGAUAUUUCUUAUGAUCCCAGUAUGCCUGUCUCUAGAUGUCCAUUUAGUCUCCUUCUAGAAUCCAGAUUGGUUCUAAAUUGUACCACCGUUUGAUCCUCCUGGUGAUGUUAAUAGUACUGUAAUGUGUGUGUACAUCUCUGUAUUUUUCUGUAUUAAGUUGAUAACUGGCUUCAAUUUUUUAUUCCUUCUCUCAUACAUGGAAAACUCCUGAUCUCCAAUAUCAUAUGAAUGUUAUAUUUCUUACAAUACAUAGUGGCUUCUAAGUUUAAUGAGACUGCAAGAAUAUUUCUGGGCGACCAUGUUACAUUAAAGAGUGACAAUUCCAUUACGGCCAAUUACCAUGUGUGUUUUAAUCAAAUAAGUUCGCACCCUUUUCUAUCUGUAAUUGUCUUUGCCAUUCAUUAUCUGUUAAAUUGUUUGGAGAGGUAAGGAAGUUUCACAUUGUAUCACCUAUCUCUAAAAAAUACACUCUAGAUAUGAGUAAGGCUUUAUAAAAUAAAGCACUUUUGAUUUGCUAGGAAA